GUGGUGUCCAACUCCAGUGACGUCAAUUCCCGCUCUCUCUCUCUCUCUGUCACUCUCUCAGUUGUGCAGGUGCAAUGAACUAGGUGAAUAGACAUGAUUACGGGUCCGGAAGCUAGACAAACGCAUAGGUUGCUGGACUUGAAGAAGCAGCAGUGGGCCAAGGAAAGAGAGGAGAUAGCGCGCAUGGAUGAGCUGUACCACCAUCAGCACACCUCGUCCACCUCGCACCACAAGAUCGAGCGCACCUCCAUACGCACGUACUACUCCAAUCUGGAUCUCAGCCAGAGCUCCUCGAACCAGACCUCCAGCCAUGCCCGCCAGCCGCCCGCUCCGCCCAUGCAGCUGAUUGUGCGGCCGCAGCCCGCCGCGGACUAUCGCCAAGUGCAGCGGCAGCGCAGCGAGGACUACAUGAACCAGGUGGAGCGCUACAUGGACGAGCUGGACGUGGACGCCGAUGCGGACUUUGAGGAUGAUGAACUGCUGUACAGGCGUCAGCGACGUGGCAGCUAUGCGCCCGGCAUGCCCGAGCGACAGCUGCAGGCGCCACCCGGCCGCUACGUGGAGCUGGUGCCCACGGCGCUGCAAACGGCCAAGGGGCGCAUGCAACAUCCACCGCACCAGCAGCAGCAGCAGCAGAGGCUAAGGAGUCCCAGUUUGCCCACAAUCAGGCAGCGGGAGUAUCAGGCAGGGCGCAGGCAACAGGGACCACAGCAACAGCAGCAGCAGCAGCAGCUAAAGGCAGCCAAUCAACUUGGCCAAGUCAAUGGCAACGUGAAGGGAACAAACAUUGAUCCCGGCAACGCCAACAUGCCACAUCGAUUAAACAAUCCGAAUGGGAGCCAGGCGCCAGCCGGUUGCCAGGAAGAGGACACUUCCGGCUAUCUGAGCGACACGCCCAAGAACACACACACGCCCGACAUUUGGUACAACGAUGCAGCCAGCCAAAAUGGGAGCAUUAGUGGGAUGGGCAGCGCCAGCCAGACCGAGGAGAGCGUUGGCAACGCCUCGCGUUCGAGGCGUUCGAUACAGGGGGCGGCCAUGCCCCUGCCCCUGCCCCAGCACCUGCCUACGCCCACGCCCACGCCCACAGCUGGCGCUCAGGCGCCCAAGCCGAUGCGCCGUGGCGCCGCGCAGCGCCACAACUAUGAGCCACUGGCAGCCGAUGGCUACCUGGCAGACAGCUGCUGCUAUAUGCCAGCGCCGUCUACGUGCUCGAACAUGAGUCUCAGUCGUGAUGUGUCCACGUCGAACACCUACCAGGUGCACAUCAGCAACAGCUGCGAGCAGGGCGACUACUACGUGGAUCGGGAUCGGGAUCGGGAGCGCGCCCGCUGGGCCAACUACAACGGGCAGCAGCCGGUGGCGGUGGCGGUGCCGGCGGGUUGGCUGAAUCGUGGCGUGCACGAUCCCAAGGACAGCGAGGACGAUGCGCAGUCGGUGCAAUCCUCGUCCACUUAUCUGCGCGGGCAGAAUGCGCCGCUCGACGCGCACACGCUGGCCGAGCGCAUGGACAAGCGGCGGAAGGCGGCCGAGUAUCACAAUGCGAUCAAGAAGCAGCUGCACGAGCGCGAGCUGAUACGCAAGUGGGAGCUGGAGCGGCAUAGGCAGGAGGAGCAGUUGGAGGAGCAGCGCAUGCGCCGGCAGAAGCAACUGGAGCAGGAGCGAUUGGAGCACGAGCGUCGCCAGGUGUUGGAGCGCGAGGAAGCGCAGCGCAAGAAGCAGCAGGCGAUGCUGGAUGCCAUUGCCAAGGCGGAGGUGGCCGCCAAAAUGGAGAAGCAAAAGAAGCGCAAGAAUCGUGAGCGAGUCCAGAGCCAGGAGCAGACCGACAAGCAGGAGCUGCUGCAGGUGCUCUCCGUGGAAGAGGAAGAGAUUGUCGAGGAGCAACUAGAGCAUGCAGCGGAUGCAGAGAGUCAUACGCCACGUGCAGCGCCGCCUCCUGCUCCAGCAGCACCAGCAGCAGCAGCUGCACCACCACCAGCUGCAGCUGCUGCUGCUCCUCCACCAUCUAUGGUCUCCGAGGAGAAAGUGCUCAUUGGCACGCCCAUCAAUCUGAGGCGCACCAUAACGAAGCCCAUCAAGCAGCCAACAGCAGAGGGCGCAGCCGAGGAGGCAGCCGGGAAGCCGAAAGCGAAGCCGACGAGCUCUGUCGAGGAGAAGGAGAACUUGGCGCUGCUCAUGCAGCCAGCCACACUGAUCCCGCUGCCCGUGACCACAGACAUAUUCGGACUGCAGAAUGCCAUUGGGAAUCUGCAGAUCGCCACGUACUUCAUGCAGCAGCCGGCGCCGGUGCAGCCGCCGGCCAGCACGGAUCGGAGCUACUCCAAGGCGACCAUGACACAGCGCACAGAGACCUCGAUCUGCACCGAGGAUGGCUACCAGGCGGAGAAGGAGGAGGAGGAUGAGGAGCUGCUGCACACGGCGCGCUCGGGACGCACUGCCCUGGAAACGGCCAGCGGCUUCUUCUCGCCCGAUUCUCUGGAGGUGGACAUUGCGCGACAGCCAGCCGAGCAGGACAAACUGGCGCUGAUCCCAGUGAAGACUCCUGCUGCAGCCAGCGAGUCGGCGAGCAGGCUGAGGCGAGCCACUGACGGCGCUCUGCAAGCGGAUGUGGAGACCCAGACGGAGCUGCCGCUCAACUGCGAUCUGUGUCUGUUCCACGACAACUUCUACAAGGUGCUGCUGAAGCGCGAGGUAUCCACCACGACCACGACGCAGACGUCGAAGACCCAAACGCAGCCGGCGAAGGAGUCGGCGGCGGAGAAGGACCACGAGACAACGACGACCACCACAACGACGACGACGACCACGUUCAAGGCGAAGACCAAGGACAAGGACAAGGAGAAGGACAAGAACAAGAAGAAUCAGGGCAAGGACAAGGAUGCCCACAAAAUGGACGAUCGCCCCAAGUGGGGCGUCAAUCGGCCGGUGGUGCAGUACGUCAAGGCCAGCGAUCGGGAUCCCUUCUGCCUGCGCAAGAAGAAGCACCAUGUGGCCACAGCCAAGCCGCCGCGCUCCCAGUCCAUGGACUCGCGCCUGGACACCGUGGUCGUGCUGCCCGAGGCUCAGCUGUGCCAGGGUGACGGUGCAGCACUCAUCAGCACUACCCAGGAGGAGGAGGGUUUCCUGCUCAAGGCGCGCAACGUCUGCACCGAAAUUCUGCCCAUCAAAACGGACGAAAAGGGACGAAUUUUCCUCAACUUUCGCGAGGCCAGCGCCAUCAUGAACGAGGACGAAAUAAAGGACAAGCUGAGGCAGAAGUACUUCAACUUUGGCCGGAUACUACCACGCCGCAGCUGGGCCUCCGCCACGCAGCACGGUCUGCCCUUCAGUGUGACCGCAGCAGCGGCCACAGCGCCCCCAGCCACGCUCACAGUGGGCGACCUGGCCGACGAUUAAAUAUUAGAGUUCUUAACUUGACACGAACAUGUAUUUCUAGCAAAGGCACGAACCGCAAAAAGAAGAA